AUGCUCGCCUUGCAACGGACCGGAAAUCCUGGAGAUAAAUGCACCGUCAACAUCCUCCCUUGCCGCAUCCAUCAUAAUGGGCCAACCAAAGUGACGAAGAGAUAUUGGUCGCCUCAGUUCGACAAAGAUGGCACGGCAACCUCCUACUUUCGAGGCCGCAGGCUACGGGGCAAAGUCAUAAAAUUACCCGCUGGAUAUCGAGGUGCUAUUGCAAAGACCACCGAUCGAUAUCUCCCACAGCCUUGCAAAUCACAGACCGGCCCCACGUAUACCGUGGUGGACGAGGACAUUGAGAUCGCCGAUGAAGAAGACGAAGAGCCUCUUGAUCCCGUCAAGACAUCUUUGUGA